AGAGACUUCACAUUUCAUCUAAAAAUGUUCAGCUCUGCAGACAUGGUCCUUUCGUUGGAUAACUUGUUUUAUGAAAAACCAGAUACGAAGCAAAGGUACCUAGAAAAUGAAAAGCCUGAGGUUUGGUGUAUCGCACCAGCUCCAGCUAUUGCUGAAAUUCCAGCUGCAGAGGAGUUACAAAGGGAACUGGAAGAAAAAGCAGCCAACACUCACAUGGGAGGAAGAAAGCACCACAAAUUUAUACAGCAAUGUAAGAGUAACAUUGAGGAAGUAAAUAAGUCAGCAGCACCUGUUCCUUUUGGCAGAGCGUCUGAAAAAGAAGUGCUCCUAUUAAGUGUAGGAGAAAGAGAGAAAAUCAGUUUUCAGCAUGAGGGUCUGAAAAUGGCUUCAUGGUUUCUCUCUUCUGCCCAAGAUAAAUGUCAAACAGGAACAGGGGUUUCUCAGGAAGCUGGUGCAAAUUUUUUGCAAAAUAAAAUACUAAGUAAUUUUCCAGAAAAGGGUGAUGAUGAGAGUGUCCAUUCAGCAUUAAGAAAAAGCUUAUUUAAAGUAUCUGAUCAUACAUACAAAAGUACAGAAUUUAAAGAUAGUUUUAUGGAGGUGAAAAAGAUUGAUUCUUGUUCAAAUAUAAGUGAAAACAUGAAAGAAAUAAGAAAAGAAAGUUUGUGGAAAAAUGAUCAGUGCACUUCCAUAAAUGAUGAUUCAGAUUUUGCUCUGGAUAGACUAAAUGAUGGGGACAUUGCACCUGAAAAUGGAAUUAAAAAAAAAUCAUUUUGUAAUACUUCAGAGAUUCUGGAUAUGACAGGAACUACAGGAAGAAAACCAGAAAUUUUAAGGGCUGUUACAGAAAUACCAACCCAGUUUAGAAGUAUUUUUAAGGAGUUCCCAUAUUUUAACUAUGCACAGUCUAAAGCUUUGGAUGAUCUUCUUUAUACAGAUAGGAAUUUUGUGAUUUGUGCUCCAACUGGCUCUGGAAAAACUGUAAUGUUUGAGCUAGCUAUUACCAGAUUACUCAUGGAAGCCCCACUGCCUUGGUUAAAUAUUAAAGUUGUUUAUAUGGCUCCAAUAAAAGCUCUGUGCAGUCAGCGUUUUGAUGAUUGGAAAGAAAAAUUUGGACCUAUAGGACUCAGCUGCAAGGAACUGACGGGAGAUACGGUGAUGGAUGAUUUAUUUGAAAUACAUCAUGCUCACAUCAUUAUCACUACACCUGAAAAAUGGGAUAGCAUGACAAGAAGGUGGAAAGACAACUCUAUAGUCCAGCUUGUUAGACUCUUUCUUAUUGAUGAGGUGCAUGUUAUAAAGGAUGAAAGUCGUGGUGCAACGUUGGAAGUUGUCGUCAGUCGCAUGAAGACUGUUCAGUCUUCUCUUUGGCGUCUUUCAGAAAGUCAUGUCACCGUUCCCCCCUUGAGAUUUAUAGCUGUUUCUGCAACAAUCCCAAAUGCUGAAGAUUUUUGUGCCACAAGAAAAGGAGUACAGCAGGCUUCCUCUGUUCUUGCAAAAGAUGCCAAGUUUUUACUGAGUAUAGAACAGAAACAAAGAUUACAGAGAUCUGCAAACUCAUUGAAAGAUUCCAGACUGAGAGAUCUUUUAAUGUGUGGUGUGGCUUAUCACCAUGCGGGUAUGGAGAUAUCUGACAGAAAAAUAAUUGAAGGAGCUUUUACUGUAGGAGACUUACCAGUACUUUUUACUACUAGUACCUUAGCUAUGGGAGUCAAUCUGCCUGCACAUCUGGUGGUUAUAAAAUCCACAAUGCACUAUGUUGGAGGAGUGUUCCAAGAAUACAGUGAAACUGAUAUUCUGCAAAUGAUUGGGAGAGCAGGAAGGCCUCAAUUUGACACUACAGCUACAGCAGUUAUUAUGACUCGUUCUAGUACAAAGGAAAGGUAUAUACAGAUGUUAAAUGGUGCUGAAGUGAUAGAGAGCAGCUUGCACAGACAUCUUGUCGAGCACUUAAAUGCAGAAAUAGUGCUACAUACUGUCACAGGUGUCACUGUAGCUUUGGAAUGGAUACGAUCUACAUUCUUAUACAUUAGAGCCUUAAAAAAUCCAUCUCAUUAUGGUUUUUCUUCUGGAUUGGAUAAAAUGGGAAUUGAAGCAAAAUUACAGGAACUGUGUUUGAAGAACUUAAAUGAUUUAUCAUCUUUUGAUUUGAUCAGGAUGGAUGAAGCAAAUAAUUUCAAACCAACAGAGACUGGAAGAUUAAUGGCAUGGUAUUAUAUAGCAUUUGAUACAGUGAAACAAUUUUUCACAAUUAAGGGAACAGAGACUUUAAAUGAAUUGAUUACAAUGAUCUCCAGCUGUGCAGAAUUCCUGGAUGUCAAGUUAAGAACAAAUGAAAAGAAAAUACUCAAUACUUUGAAUAAAGAUAAGGACAAAAUAAGUAUCAGGUUUCCAAUGGAGGGGAAGAUAAAAACAAGAGAAAUGAAAAUAAACUGUCUUAUUCAGGCUCAGCUAGGAUGCAUUCCUGUUCAAGACUUUACUUUGACACAAGAUACUGGCAGAAUAUUUAGAAACGGCUUAAGAGUUACUAGAUGGUUGUCUGACUAUCUGGCAUCAUGUAAGAACAACUUUUCUGCUUUAUUAAACUCUUUGAUUUUAGCAAAGUGUUUCAGGUGCAGACUUUGGGAAAAUUCACUUCAUGUGUCUAAACAAUUGGAAAAAAUUGGUGUGUCACUGUCAAAUGCUAUGGUAAAUGCUGGGCUGACAUCAUUUAAAAAAAUAGAAGAUACAAAUGCAAGGGAAAUUGAAUUGAUUUUAAACAGGCAUCCUCCUUUUGGAAACCAAAUAAAAGAAUCUGUUUUGCACCUUCCAAAAUACAAGCUUGAUAUUGAACAGCUCCCAAAAUACAGUGAUACAUUGGCUGAAAUCUUAGUAACUGUCAAGUUAACAAACUAUGAGCAGCUACAGACAAAAAGAACAGCAACAGACUUUCACUAUGUUACACUGGUCAUAGGAGAUGCUGACAACCAAGUAAUUUUUAAUCAGAAAAUUAUGGAUUCUGUGCUGCUGAAAACUGGAAAUUGGAUAAAGAAAAUUGAAGUGAAAAGAGCUGUUAAAUCAGAGGACAUUAGUAUAAAUUUAAUUAGUUCUGAUUAUGUUGGCCUUGAUAUACAGCAAGCAUAUACAGCCUUUUACUUAUCACCGAAAGCAGUGGGAAAUAAAGUGGUUACAAACCAAAAACUGAAAGCUGAGUCUUCACGUGAUACGUAUAAUGGCUCAUCACAGAGUCUGCCAGCAGCAAAAGCAGAUACAGGAGUCAGAUCUAACCAAGAGAUUACUUACAAGAAAUAUGGAAACAGAGAAUGCAACCACCGCUGCAAAAAUAAAGAUGUGUGUGGACAUGACUGCUGUAAAACUGGAGUACCUCCAAAGUCUGAGAUGAACAGAGAUUCAAACUUUUCUUUGUACCUAGCUGAUUUAAGGAGCAGGAACUCAAGUUCAUGUGUACCCCCAGUGAAACGGUUAAAGAUGCAGAUGUUUAAUCAAGCUCAAAAUGUGGAUCUCAAGCAAUUUGUUUUUACACCUAAAUCUUUGCUACCAGGAUUGGCCAGGUCUAGUAAUGAACAGUUGUCUUCAGCAUCUUCAUCACCUUCAGUGAACCAGGUAGAUAAUGGUAAUAGCAUAGCAGUAUCUCAGAAACAACCGCAAUCCUGGAAUUACACAGAGAGUAAUGCUUUGGAUGUGGACUUUGAAUUGAACAGUGAUGUUUGGGAUGAUAUUGAUGAUGACAAAUUAGUGUUUGCUAGCAGCUUUGCCACUAGAGAAUUAGAUGAAUGUGAACCACUUUGCCAAUAUAUGAGAUGCAAAUCUGCAAAUGACAUUUCAAAAAAUUCAUGCACAUUACAAGAUGAGACCAAUAUUCAGAACUCAGCUAUUCCUGUGGUUAAUAACAUUUCAAAAGUGAAUUUACAGAUUGGAAAUACAAAUAUGUUCAGUUUUCAAGAGAAAAGCCAUCCAAAUCUGUCACAAGAGCUGGAAAGCGUACAGUGUUCUUCAGUCUCAAAAACAAUCUCAGACUCUUCUAAAUUCAGUAGGAAAGAGGAUUUUUUUAUUCUCACAAAAGAACAUGAAAAAGAAGUGAAUCCAAGGUAUCUUCUUGAUGAUGAAACCAAUGAUGUCAAUCCCUUCCUUGGAAUAUUUGAUGAUAUUUUGUAA